GAAAAUCAAUGAAGAAAAAACCAAUUUCCAAGUUAUGCUGAUCAAGUCAGUCAAUGAAGCAACUCCAUUGCUGUUUCCAAAAUCCUUUUGCUUCAACUAUAUAUACUUCACUUUGCAGGUUGCAUAUCAUCUUCAUAAUCAUGUUUUUCAGUAUAAUGAGUGGUGGGUCUAUGCAUUCUGUUUUGGUUGGGCUUGUGUGCCUGGCCAUUGCCUCUGCUAUUUCUUGUUCAAGUGUUGGAAGCUCCAACAACAUCAUGUGCUUGGAGAGUGAAAGGCAUGCUCUUCUCCGGUUCAAACAAGGCCUUGUGGAUGACUCCAAUGCUCUUGCCUCUUGGAAAAGUGAGAAAGAUUGCUGCAAGUGGAGAGGAAUAGCGUGCAACAACCAAACAGGUCAUGUCACCACUCUUGAUUUCUCCUUUGGUUAUGAUUCAUAUCUCAAUUCUACUGAAAUUCUUUUAAGAGGUGAAAUUAGUCAUUCACUACUUGAAUUGCCAUAUCUAAAUUACUUGGAUCUCAGUUAUAAUGAUUUUGAAAGAAUUGUGAUUCCCAAGUUCAUUGGCUAUUUGAGUCAAUUGAAAGAACUCAAACUUGCAGAUGCUAAUUUCAGUGGACCUGUUCCUCCCCAACUUGGGAACCUCUCUAAUUUGCUCACUCUUGAUCUUUCCUACAAUGAUUUUGAAGGAAUGAUGAUUCCCAAAUUCAUUGGCUCUCUGAGUCAAUUGAAAGAACUCAAACUUGCAAAUGCUAAUUUCAGUGGACCUGUUCCUCCCCAACUUGGAAACCUCUCUAAUUUGCACACUCUUGAUCUUUCCUACAAUGAUUUUGAAGGAAUGAUGAUUCCCAAAUUCAUUGGCUCUCUGAGUCAAUUGAAAGAACUCAAACUUGCAAAUGCUAAUUUCAGUGGACAUGUUCCUCCCCAACUUGGAAACCUCUCUAAUUUGCACACUCUUGAUCUUUACCGUAACCAAGUUGUUAGUCCUGAAAAUCUUGAGUGGUUAUCUCAUCUUUCUUCCUUGAGAUACCUGAACAUGUCAUAUCUAGAUUUGUCAAAGGUUGUGAAUUGGCCACAAUCUUUAAGCAAGCUCACUUUACUGACAGAGCUUCAGUUAUCUUCCUGUCAUCUUCCUGAUGUCAAUCUAAGAUCACUUUCCUUUAUUAAUUCUUCCACCUCUCUUCAAAUUCUUCACCUCUCUGAGAACUCUCUGCUUAAUUCUUCAAUAUUUUAUUGGAUAGCCAAUGUCAGCAGCAACUUUGUCCAUAUUGAUCUCCGUGACAACAAUCUUGAAGGUCCCAUCCCAGAUGUCUUCAAAAGCAUGCUUUCUCUAGCAUCACUAGAUCUCUCUUUCAAUCAACUUGAAGGUGGGAUACCAAAAGGCUUUCAAAACUUAUGCAGCUUAGAGUCGUUGACCUUAUGGUCAAACCAAUUGUCUGAAAACAUUGAGGACUCUGUUAAAACCUUGUCUUGUGCUGAGAACACACUUGAGACCUUGGACUUGAGUGAUAACCAGUUUUGGGGGUCGUUGCCGGAUUUGGCACGUUUUUCAAAGUUAAGAGUGUUAUAUCUUAGCGGGAAUCAACUAAAUGGGUCUGUACCCGAGAGUGUCGGGCAACUCUCUAGCCUUGAAACAUUAUUUCUCCCCGGGAAUUCUUUGAGUGGUGUCUUAACAGAAGCCCACUUUUUGAACCUCUCUCGUUUACAGAUUUUGGAUCUUUAUGGUAAUCGUUUCUCUAUCAACCUGAGCUCUGAUUGGAAUCCACCAUUUCAACUUACUGAUUGGUUAGACAUGUCCUCUUGCAAGGUGGGCCCAGCUUUUCCCAAGUGGAUUCUAACGCAGACAAAUCUUACUUAUCUUGAUCUCUCUAAUGCUGGACUAUCAGGAAAACUGCCGAAUCUGUCAUCGACAAGCUUGCGUUAUGUUAACUUGUCUUCUAAUCUACUUUCUGGUGCAGUGCCAUCAUUUUCUCCUAUGCUCACGGAGUUGUAUCUCUCGAAUAACAUGUUUUCUGAGCCGUUGUCUUCCUUCUGUGCAACGCAGGCUCCACAUUUAAGUUAUCUUGACAUUUCUAAGAACCUAUUGUCUGGGGAGCUUCCUAAUUGUUGGAUGCAAUUUCGAGAAUUGGAAAUGUUGAAUUUGGGAAAGAAUAAAUUAUCUGGAAAAAUACCAAGCUCGUUAGGCAAUCUACAGGGAAUUUUGACAUUGCAGUUAAAUGAUAACAACUUUUCAGGAGAAUUGCCUUCUUUAGAGAACUGUACCGGAUUAUUGAUGGUUGACCUUGGCAACAAUAACUUGUCGGGAAAGAUACCAACAUGGAUUGGCCAAAGCCUAACAAACUUGGUGAUUCUACGCUUACGGUCCAAUGAGUUCAAUGGAAUCAUACCCUUCUCACUGUGCAAGCUAGCCACCAUUCAUGUCUUGGACUUCUCUCACAACAAUAUUUCAGGAGGCUUGCCACAUUGCUUCAAUAACAUAACCGCUUUGGCUGAUGAUUCGGGAGUUUAUGAUGUUAUUGUGGAACUUGUGUGGAAAGGAAUAGAAAUUGAGUUUCCCAAUAUUACAGGUUUGAGAAGCAUUGACAUUUCAAGCAACUAUUUGAUUGGGAAAAUUCCGCAAAGCAUAGCAAAUAUGACACAGUUGAUUUCUCUGAACUUGUCAAGAAACAAUUUGAUGGGAAAGCUUCCUGAAAACUUUGGUAACUUGAAGAUGUUAGAAUCUCUUGAUUUGUCAAGAAACCAGAUAUCUGGUAAAAUUCCUGCAAGUUUUGCGAGCUUAAACUUUCUAAGUGUCUUGGACUUAUCAUACAACAACUUGUCAGGAAGAAUUCCAACUAGCACUCAACUUCAAAGUUUUGAUGCUUCUAAAUAUAUGGGAAAUCUUGGACUUUGUGGACCACCGCUGACACCAAAUUGCUCACGAGAUGGAGCAACUCAAGCUGAUGAUAACAAAGAACAUGAUAAAGAUGGUCUCAUAAGCCUGGGAUUCUUUAUCAGUGUAGUGCUGGGAUUCGUCACUGGAUUUUGGAUGGUCUGCGGCAGUUUACUGCUUAAGACUUCUUAUAGAUAUGCUUAUUUCAGAUUCCUGGACAAUGCAAAAGAUUGGAUUUUUGUCAAAACUUCUGUGUACAAGGCAGAAGUGCGGAGGACACUUCAAAGAUAAAUGGAGAUUCUGGCAUUCAGGGAUAUGACCCUAAUUAUCCCGGAAGUAAAAAAAAUUCAAGGCUUCAUGUUGAAGGUUUUCAGAUGUCGUUGCUUUCUCUUUCAGCAAGCAGAAAUAACUAUUAUGCUUGUUUCUCUUGAGAAAUGUGUAUGAAUAAUGGAUUGUAUGUAGUAUGAGCUGGUAUAACUUUUGAUUCCAUGCAACAAGACCUCUAUUUAGCUUCCUAAUCUUUCUGGCUGUAAUUUAAACAUAUCUUUCUCGAUUGAUUUCAAAGUAAUUGGCUGCAAUUAUAUAUUGUUC